AAUAUGCCUUUUCUGGCCCUCCCUAAAACGCGCCAUGCUCAUCGAUGAGCCGCUUGUCCAUCCCCAUGGCCAUUGCCGUUGUUCCCCGAGCGAGCGACAAUGGUUCCUGUUCUCGAACGAACAGUCUGAGAUAUCGAUGCAUGCACGACGAUCGAUCUACAGCUAGAGCUAGCGUCGCCAUCGCAUGAUGAGAUGCACCUACGAUCGAUCGCGGGCAAACUCCAUGGACACCACCGUCGCCAUCGCGGUGGCUGUCGCGACCGCCGCCGCACUCCUCGUGCGGGUUGCCCACGCCGACAUCAAGAUAACGCACAUCGUGUCCGACGCCAGGCCGAUCAUCUUCUUCGAGGAGUUCGGCUUCGCGAGCGGCGGCAGGGCCGCGGUCUCCAUACGCCGCGCGACGUGGCAACUCCGUCCGGGGUCACGCCUCACCAGCGUCGACGUCGACUCCAGCCUCAUGGGAUUCGUGCUCAUCGCCGGCGCCCAGUUCCCAUGGAUCAACAACCAGACACAGUACUACGCCGCCGAUCCGGGAGACGGCGGCGGCGGCUUCUGCCUGCUGACGAGCGACGACUACGCGCUCCCGAUGGUCCGGCUCAGCGACGUCCCGCCGGGCGGGGUCACCACCACCGUGACCAUCGACUACCCCGACGCGUACGCCGUCGUGUUCAGCAACUGCCAGGGCGGCGUGGAGGUCACCAUGGACGUGCGCACCGAGAUGUACAAUCUGCGCCGCGACGACGACGCCUCCUCCUCCGGCGGCGGGAUGAUGAUCAGGGACUACCUCCCCGUCGGGCUGCAGCCGCUGCCGGGCAUCUACGCGGGCGUGGCGGCGGUGUACCUGGCGUUCCUGGCGGCGUGGGUGUGGACGUGCGCCCGGCAGCACGCCACGGCGGAGCGGAUCCACGCCGUGAUGGGCGCGCUGCUGCUGUUCAAGGCGCUCAAGUCGGCGUGCGCCGCCGAGGACACGUGGUUCAUCGAGCGCACCGGCACGUCGCACGGCUGGGACGUCGCCUUCUACGUCUUCGGCUUCUUCAAGGGCGUCCUGCUCUUCACCGUCAUCGUCCUCAUCGGCACCGGCUGGUCCUUCCUCAAACCCUACCUCCAGGAGCGCGACAAGUGCGUGCUUAUGGUCGUGAUCCCGCUGCAAGUGAUGGAGAACCUGCUGCUGGUGGUGAUCGGAGAGACGGGCCCGGCGCGGCGGGGCUGGAUCGCGUGGACGCGGGUCUUCCUGCUCGUCGACGUCGUGUGCUGCUGCGCCGUCAUCUUCCCCAUCCUCUGGUCCAUCCGGGGCCUGCGAGAGGCGUCCAGGACCGACGGCAAGGCGGCGCGCAACCUCAAGAAGCUCACGCUCUUCAAGCGCUUCUACUUGGUCGUCGUCGGCUACCUCUACUUCACCCGGAUCAUCGUGUCGGCGUUCCUCGCGCUGCUCAACUACAGGUACCGGUGGGGAGUCGACGUCGCAGUCGAGGGCGCCAGCUUCGCCUUCUACCUGUUCGUCUUCUACAACUUCAAGCCGGAGGAGAAGAACCCGUACUUGUACGUCGGCGACGAGGAGGAGGAGGAGGAGGAGGCCGCCGGUGAGACGGACGAUGGGGCUUUCUGAGCUCUGAUUCAAUCGUUGGGAUGCAGAGCCGUUUCCUAAAGUUUUGUAAGUAUGAUGUACUCCGUACGUGUUACUUAGCUAGUAUUGAAUUCGCGUAAGGUCUCAAAGUAUAAAAAUAGAUUAGAUACAAUUAUUUGUUCAUUUUUCCCCAAGAGGGAAAUAGUGAAAUGCUGAACCAUCUCCCAACAAUUCCACUGUGAAAGCACUCCAAAGCUUCUUGGG